UAUCUUCCCUUCAUCAUUAUAAUAGUGGGCAGGGCACUGUAUGAUGGGUCUGUUUCACUUUAAUACAGCAGACUCUCUCCUCAGCUGAGAUGUUUACUACGGAUAUAAUUUGUGAACUUCUCUCCUUGCAGUGCACGGGAGUGUAGGAACAUUCUUGAGUGUUGUUUUUCACCUUCUGUAAAAUGCUUUGAUAUAGUGUAUAUAUCGCUACCCUGCUGUACAUUUCGAGUUGGUUUGUUUCUUGUGAAAUAUACAUGUGUGACAUUCUUGAGUGCAGUGUCCAUUACAGCAGGGGAAAGUUCAGAUUUGGCUUGUUGAUUGCUAGCUGUGCUUGAUACUUACCUCCUGCAGAGUAUAUACUUUGAGUCAUAGUGCAUCAUGUAAGGAGUGUCCGACUCUGAGAAACACAAAGAAAUUACCAUGGAGUGCUGUGGAAGCUGUUUUCCAAGGUCCAAGAAGUCUUUUAAGACUAGUGGUAUCCCUGCUGAGCCUCCCAGUCAUACCAAAGCACCAUCUGUGAACAGAGCCCCACCUAGCAAUGGAUCUACUACCACUCAUUCCAAUGGAGCCCCGCCCUCCCCUUCUAACAGCUUUUCAUCUACCAGCUUUUCAUCUACCCACAGCGGAGGGGAAGCACCGAGGGCUACGGGGCAAAGAACAUUGGAAAUUACAUUACCAGCUGGUACCACAAUCACAUCCACGGUCGAUGCAAAAUUACAAAUGAUGGAUCUCCUUGUGAUGAUAGCGGCCAAGAACAAGCUGAACCCGACAGGUCAUGUGAUCUUACCAGCCACAGCAGACAGAACAGAUAUCGCACAGUUUAAAGCAAGCCAACGGAUUGGUGAAUUGGAUACAACCAUACUUCAAAUAGUUCCCAAGCUGAGCCGAGGAGAGAUCAUAUCAAUAAGAACAUCAGAUAAAAAGAAAGCUGCACAAUUUGAGCAAACUGUCCGUCUGACAGUGCUCUCUGGUAAGAACCACAAGGCCUUGUUCCGAGUGAAUCCAGAGAAACCUAUCCAAGACUUCUUGCCGCAGGUAUACGAGGAGAGGGGCAUCGAAGCCAACGAAUGCAGACUACGUCUUGUUAAAACCCCAGAGGAAGACAUCGAUUACUCCAAAAGCCUCAAUCACUAUGGUGGGGUCAACGAACUUGUCCUUAUCGAUUUAAGACCGCCACCCCCACAAGAGCCAGAACUUGUCCCUAUUGAGAAAAAGAAAAAGAGCAUGUUUGGAAGGAAGAGCAAGAAAAAGGGUGAAGGGGAACCGUUAUCUUUAACACCAACAAAGGAAGCAGCACCUCCAGAACCGUCUCAAGCACCACCAGCAGCCAGGCAACCAUCACUAGACAGUACCGAGGGUACCGACAACAAUACCCUUAAGAAGAGACGACCUGCACCCCCUCCACCCGGUGGUAAGAAGGAACCAACACAUGAUGAACAAUUACUCAAACCCUCUAUGGAGGGCGUGUCACGCUCGGCCCAAGGCGUGUCGAAAAAGAGGCGAGCACCCGCACCCCCGCCGGCAGGGAGUGCACCGCCUAUACCCUUAGUGGAUCCUAUUCCAGAGGUGACUGUUAAUCAUGGAAGUGAGUCGCCGUCUCUGUCCGAUCAGGGUAGACACAUCUCAUUUGGAGCCACAGAAGUGAUUGAAUCACCCCUGAGCACACCGACAUCCACACCCGCAGACACACCCGCAGACACGCCCGAAUCCACCCUUGAAAGGAGGAAGAAGGAUGGUGGGGAUGCUACUGCUACCGGUGAUGAUAUCCAAGUAGAAGUUAGUCUGGCUGAGUUGGAUGAAGUGCUUGAUGAAGAUAUCCCACCGCCCCCUGACUAUGCCCCUCCUCCACCACCGGUAUUUGACCCCCCUCCGCCCCCUGACGAGCCCCCUUCCCCCGGGGAGCCCCAGGAAGAUGUGGACAGGUUGAUCCAAGAGGGGCGUUUGGUGCUGUCCCCGGGGGUUGGGCUUGAAGACAAUGAUACAACCAGUGAAUGUUCAUCAGACCAUGAUCUAGCCAGUAGCCUUUGUGCCUCUGCUACGUCCAGUCUUAUCAAAAGCAUGGAGGAUGCUUUUGAAGAAGCGCUAGCAGUGGGCAGGGAAUCUUUGACUAACGAUGCAACAGCAGAGCAAGAGGUCAGCGUGUCUCAAGUCAACAUUGCCAGUAUCGACCAAUCAGUGCCAGAGGAUCCAGAGUCGGGAGAGAAAGUUCGGAUUGAUUCGACCAAUCAGGAUGAAGAUACGACAGAGGCUAGUACAGAUGAAACACAAGCCAACAUAUCGGAGCAAACAGCAGAUGACAACAAAGCAGCUCUCUCACCGCUCCUACUAACCUCUAACAGUAACAACCAGCUUGAUAGUGAGUGUGGUCUAACUAAACCAUCACAAAAGAUACAACUAACCACAAUAUCCAAUGAUGAACCUACCAAGCCCGUCCCUAAACCCAGGAUUGUCAAGAUCUCUCAGUCAUCCGAUGAGAGCCACCCUGAUACAUCAAGGGAUCGGAGUGUGAGUGAUGCAAACAGGGGUCAAGGUGCUCCGGUACCAAAGCCAAGAAUCACUCGGUUUUCCUCCGAGCCACAGCUAGACACUCCCAACAAAGAGAGCACUGAUGCUUCUAAAAAAGCGAUGACCAAGCAGAAGUCGGCGGAUCAGAUCAGUGGGCGUUACAAGAAGAGGAAAGCUCCAAGACGCCCUCCUCCAUUGGUUCUUAGCUUAGACAAGGAAGACGAAUCUGCUUUGAGUGCUCUUCAAUCGGCAUUCUUAGAGGCAUUUAGCAAACAGCCUGGCAGCAAGACUGCUACAGCCCCUGUUAUGAAACUCAGACCGUCAAGAGCCCCUCCGUUACCCCCUACAUUCAGGAAAGACAGAAGUUCAUCUACCAAUGACGUAAAGUCGAUCAAAUCGGUUCAGUUUGCUCCCGAUCUUAAACAACCUGGUGUGAUCCAGCAAAGCAAAAGCAUUGACGACCCUCAAGGAAUGUCCAAACCAGUCGCUCCAGUUAGACGAAAAAAGAAGACAUCCUCUGAUUCAGUGAGUGAUCAGCACUCGUCACCUGAUAAGGUGGCAGUAGAAAGUACAGAGAGGUUGCCUACCCCAGCCAUUAGAGCAAGAAAGUCUACGAAGAAGGCAGAGGUUACAUCUGAUAACCGGGUAGAAGGCAAACCUCCAGUGAAGUCUGUAGGCUCUCAAGAGAACCCAAAUAGAUUUGAGGUUGAAGUGGAGAUUGUUGCUCCUCCCCGACAAGCGCAGGAAGAUAAGCUCUGUCCUGUAGCAUUAGGAUCAACGGAAAAAACAACUGGUCAACAAUCAACUCUUGGUCAAGAUACUUGUACAACGAAGGACAAAGGUGCAACACCCACAUCAUCCAAAGAAAAACCAAUAGAAGUGGCGUCUCCCGCCGUUGUCCAAGCCAUGCCCGAAUCGAAUCCUGAUCUCUCUCGCUCUCUUAGUGGUGAACUUGAAGACACGCUGAAGAGUCGUCUGAUGCAACUCCACAAAUCGAUGAAAUUCGAAGAGAGCUUCGACACCAUCAACAGCAGUGAUGAUGUCUUCCUCGAUGAGACCUUCGGUGACCCUCCGUCUGAACCGGAUGCUCACAGCUCAGAGCAACUGACCACGUCGCGAGACUCUGCAGACGUUCAGCAAACGGAUUCCUUCAAUCAUGAAGAAAAGGGUGAAGGCAUCUCUUUCGGGACGAAUGAUUUGAAAGAGAAAGAGCUAGAGGAGGAGGAGAUGGUAGGAGAGAUGUCAUCUGGAUUUGAGAGUGAAUGCGUCUCUACAGAGGCAGUGGUUGUGGAGAGUAGUCCUAAUCUUGUCAUUCCUAAACACAAAGACACUACUACUGACAUAAAAGAGAAGAGAGCUGCUCUGACUAAAAUGAUGAAACUAAGUCUGGAUGAGGAUAGCAAAGAGACUACUAGUUACUCUCCAACCCCUCAAGGGGAAGACUCUGAGAGUAUGUUGGAAGAGAAGUCUCUGACGGCUUUGGCAGGGGGAGUCACCAGGGAAGCAGUUGGUGAUCAAACACUGCAGGUGAAUAAAGACAAGACCAAAGACACGGUAGAGGAAUCUCUUAGUUUGGAGAAAGAAAAAGAAGAGGAAACAGUGGAAGAGAAAGAAAAAGAAAAGAAAGAAGGUGAAGAGAAGACAAAUGUAGAAGAGAAGAAAGAUGUGGAAGUGCAUGAAGUUACAAAGCAACAGGAUGAAAUUGCCAAAGCGGAACAGCCCAAUAUGGAGCAGUUAGCAGAACAAUAUAAACAACUUCAACAACAAAUGGCUAUGUUGCAGCAACAAUUGGUCCUGAACCCUACCUCAGCCUCAGCUCCCAUGCAGAUGAACCCUGCAAUGGCAUACCAGACACAACAGAUGCAACAAAUGCAGCAACAGAUGAUUUUACAGCAACAAAUGUUUAUGCAGCAACAGCAACAGGCGAUGGGGGGUUAUGUCAUGGUUCCCCAGCCUGGUGGGGGUAAUGUUAUGGUUCCCGGCCAGCCCGGUGGGGGUAUGAUGAUGUCCCCACCACAGAUGAUGUACACUCCCAUGGGCGUGCAACCUCUGCCUGCCUAUGGGCAGGUCACUCCACCUCAAGUUGUCGCCACUCCUGCCGUUGAUCAACAAGACUCUCCAGCGAAGUCUGUCGCGGAUGAAACCGAUUCUGGCGUUAAAGAAGAACCUAAGGAGACAUCAAGAGAUCAGCCAGAUGAGGUAACGCAUCAAGAAACCCCAUUAAAGCCUCCUACGGAUGCACAGGCUACUGCAAGUGGCAGACGGAAUGUUUUUGCGGAUAUCCUCAAGAAGAAGAAUGCUCCUAAAUCCUCCUAUGUCCUGUCUGCUCAGAGAGAGGCUCAGAGACAACGCAGUGACUCCAAUUCCUCCUUAACCUCCUCUACAUCCUCCAAAGAAGGAACAGCUGCUGCAGCUCUCUCUGUUGAAACCCCAAAGCUUGAGUUAAGAACUGAAACGAGUCCUACCAGACAUGAUUCCCCUGUCACCAAUGGUCUUUCACCCACCUCAUCCGAACCUUCUGUUUCCUCUGUAGAGGAUCCCCCCACCUCCCCACCCAUAGCAACAUCCUUGUCUAACAACUUUUCCCUUAAUAUAAGCAAUAAUAAUACAUCCAAGACAAUGACAUUGAAUGCGGAGACCUCGCAGCCUGAAGCAACCAAGGAUACACCAACUUCACCACCACCAGCAGCACCAAUCAGUAGCCAGGGGAGUAGGAAAGUACCUCCAGCCAUCAGACCUAAACCGCAGAAAGGACCACGCCCCUUCAGACCAGCUUCCACGUACGGCAAGGUAUCAGCACCAGAGAAUGAAGAGGGUUACUCUUCUUCGCACGUGAGGAAAGUUACAGACCUCAGAAGUAUGUUCAUGCUGGGGAAGUGAAGACGCUACCUCUGAGAUGUGACCAAACAGAAUCCACAAGAUUUUAACACAACCUUGUUUGACAAUCGAGCUUGCCUGAAAAACAUUUCUAAGACCAGCCUUUAAAAAAGAUACUCUAAACAUAGACAGAAAUAACCGUCUGGUAUGGGUCAUUCUUUAAUUCCCCAUACACAUAUGUAUAGAGGCGGUCAGAGGAGCCAGAUGUAAUCUCAGCGGAACAACCGUCGAUAUCAGAGACUGAAGCUUUCGGUCUACUCUAAACAUUGCCAUGGUGAACACAUUGGAUGAAGAAUGACUCGAGUGAAUUGAGAAUCUCUUGUGAGAUUGAUGUGAUAAAUGAAGUCAACUUAAAGUUGACAAAGUUGGUGAAGCCGUCAUGAUUUUUAGUAUUAUGCUCUACACACACUUUACGAUCUGACUGCGAUCCAAUUUUGGAAGAAUUUGGAAUAGCAUUGAUAUGAACAUUCAAACAAGCUUCUGAAAUAAAAAA